GUGCGGCCCCAAGUAUCUCGUGAUCAUAAUCUAAAACAUUAUUUUAUUAUAUGCAAAUAAUAAAUAAAUCUUUAUUUUUAAUAAAAUUACAUCGUUACUAAAGAUAAAGAGAUUUAACUUUACUUGUGAUAUUAAUAUUGUUUUAUGUAGUGCUCGUGGUGGAGAGAUUUACCAAAGGGAGAUUUGAAUUUUUCAUGUUGAACUUAUCUGCGGGAAGAUUGCUUCAAGAAUAGCGUGUGUUUUUAUGCUGUAUUAAAAAAACCUAAGUUGUUCAAGUAAAGAUAAUAUUUACAUUAAAUUUUAAAAUAAUUGUAAAAAUAAAUUUAGAACAAUGCCACCAAAAAUAUCAAUGGAUUAUGCAAAAGUUAGGGAACAAUUAAAGAUUUUUUUGACGAGCUUUGUAGCAAUAGAUAAUGAAACUGGCAAGAAAGCACUUAAAUAUAAGACACAACUCAGUAAUAUUGCUCACCGUGAACAAGUAGAUUUACUAAUAGAAUUAGAUGAUAUACAUGACUUCGAUGAUGAAUUAGCGAUAUCUAUUGCAAACAAUACUAGAAGAUAUGUCAAUUUACUUUUGGAGCUUAUUCAAGAGAUGUUACCUGAGUUAAAAGAAAGACCUGUACCACCAAAAGAUGCUUUGGAUGUAUAUAUUGAACAUAGAUUAUUAAUGGAAAGUCGUAACAGACAUGAUGGAGAGCAACGAGAUCCGAGAAAUAAAUAUGCCCCAGAACUUAUGAGACGCUUCGAAGUGUAUUUCAAGGAUUUUGAAACAGCAAAAGCAUAUUCUGUGAGAGAUAUAAAAGCUGACAAAAUAGGAAAACUAGUUACAGUGAGAGGUAUAGUAACAAGAUGCAGUGAUGUAAUGCCCCUUCUUGUUGUUGCUACAUACACAUGCGAUCAAUGUGGUGCUGAGACAUUCCAACCAGUUCAAUCUCUCAAAUAUAUGCCAUUACGACAAUGUCCCAGUGAUGAUUGUCGUAUAAAUAAAGCUGGUGGUGUCUUAGAUAUGCAAACAAGAGGGUCAAAAUUUGUGAAAUUUCAAGAAAUAAAAAUACAAGAACAUAGCGAUCAAGUUCCAGUGGGUCAUAUUCCAAGAACAUUGACAAUAUACUGCAGAGGUGAAACAACAAGAAAAUGUUUACCUGGGGAUCAUGUACUUAUCACGGGUAUAUUUUUACCUAUUAUAAAAUCUGGUUUUAGUGUUCGAGUGGGUGCAGCUCUUCUAAAUGAAACUUAUUUAGAUGCACAUAGAAUUGUCUGUCUCACUAAUUCACAAACUGCUGAUGAUAGUAACGCAGUAUUAACAAACGAUGAGUUAUCCUUAAUAGUGGAGGAAGAUUUUUAUGGUAAAUUAGCUCGUUCUAUCGCUCCAGAAAUUUAUGGACUUGAAGAUGUUAAAAAAGCGUUGUUAUUACUGCUAGUUGGUGGUACAGAUAAACAAAGAGAAGAUAUUAAAAUUAGAGGUAAUAUUAAUAUUUGUUUAAUGGGUGAUCCUGGAGUUGCCAAGUCUCAGUUACUUUCGUUUAUAACGAGAUUAGCUCCUCGAUCUCAAUAUACGACUGGUAGAGGAUCUUCUGGAGUAGGUCUAACUGCUUCAGUUAUGAAAGAUAAUUUAACUGGCCAAAUGAUGCUCGAAGGAGGAGCUUUGGUACUAGCUGACGAAGGUGUUUGUUGCAUCGACGAAUUUGAUAAGAUGGCAGAUGCUGAUCGAACUGCUAUUCAUGAAGUGAUGGAACAACAAACUAUAUCGAUUGCCAAAGCAGGAAUUACAACUCGUUUGAACGCAAGAGUUUCGAUAUUAGCUGCGGCAAAUCCUGCUUAUGGUAGAUAUAACCCAAAAAGAACAAUUGAGCAGAAUAUUCAAUUACCUGCUGCUUUAUUAUCACGAUUUGAUUUAUUAUGGUUAAUUCAGGAUCGAGCAGAUCGCGGUAAUGACUUGAAAAUGGCCCAACACAUAACUUACGUUCAUCAGCAUUGCAUACAACCACCUAUGGAAUCGCAAGCUUUGGAUAUGAAUUUAAUUAGAAGAUAUAUUACCGUAUGUAAAACGAAACAGCCUGUUGUUCCAGAAGAGUUGACUGAUUAUAUAGUUGAGUCCUACGUGGAAAUGAGGAAAGCAGCUCGUAAUAGCCAGGACAAAACUUUUACAUCUGCACGUAAUUUAUUAGCGCUAUUACGUCUAUCGACUGCACUGGCGCGUCUAAGAUUAUCAGAUGUCGUUGAAAAGGCGGAUGUUAUUGAGGCGAAUAGAUUAAUAGAGAUGUCUAAAUAUUCUAUUAACUAUUCUGAAACGUUAUCAACAAAUGUCCAAGAAAACCCAAUGAGCCGAAUUUUCUACCUUAUUAAAGAACUAGCAAGCAAUACGAAAACUGUUAAAGUAUCAGAUAUAUUGGAACGAUGUACUACUAAAGGAUUUAAACCCGAUCAAAUUAACGAUUGUAUCGAAGAAUACGAGGCAUUGAAUGUGUGGCAAGUAAAUCAGACAAGAACACAAAUUACGUUUAUUUAAAUUUUCGUUUCGUGUGGAUUUAAUAUGCCGCUAAACAUUAUUUUUAUACUUUUAUAUUUUGAAAAGUAUUCUUAUAUAUUUUCACUUAUCAUUAUAAGGAAACUUUGUAUGUUAGUGGCAUAAAUUUUAUUUAUAUAUU